AUGGAGGAUCCAGAUGGAACACUAUCUAGUGUUGCACAAUGCAUUGAGCAAUUACGUCGCACCUCUUCAACGACUCAAGAAAAAGAACAGUCGUUAAAGCAGCUGCUAGACCUUAUUGAAACACGUGAUAAUGCUUUCAGUGCUGUUGGGUCUCAUUCCCAAGCAGUCCCCAUUCUCGUUUCUCUUCUAAGGUCAGGAUCAUUUGGAAUAAAAAUUCAGGCUUCGACAGUUUUGUGCUCUCUCUGCAAGGAGGAUGAAUUAAGAGUAAAGGUUCUACUGGGAGGUAGCAUUCCGGCGUUGCUUUCUCUUCUUAAGUCUAACUCCUCUGAAGGGCAAGUUGCUGCUGCAAAAACUAUCUAUGCCGUUUCUCAAGGUGGGGCUAGGGAUCAUGUUGGUUCAAAGAUCUUCUCAACUGAGGGAGUUGUGCCUGUUCUUUGGGAGAAGCUGAAGAAUGGGCUUGAGGCUGGUAGUAUGGUUGACAACCUGCUCACUGGAACUUUGAGGAACCUUUCUAACAGCACCGAGGGCUUCUGGCUUUCAACAAUGGAGUCAGGUGGAGUGCAGAUUCUUGUGAAGUUGCUUGCAAGUGGGGAGGCUAGUACCUUGGGAAAUGUCUGCUUUCUCCUUGGAUGCCUUAUGAUGGAAGAUUCUUCAGUUUGCUCUGCUGUUCUAGCAUCAGGAGCCACUAAACAACUUCUCAAGUUAUUAGGACCUGGGAGUGAGGCUUCUGUCAGAGCCGAGGCUGCCGGUGCUCUGAAAUCCCUUUCUGCUCAGUGUAAGGAGGCAAGGAAGGAAAUAGCGAGUUCUAAUGGAAUCCCUGCCCUGAUAAAUGCCACUAUCGCUCCGUCAAAGGAAUUUAUGCAAGGAGAACAUGCUCAAGCAUUGCAAGAAAAUUCCAUGAGUGCCUUGGCGAACAUCUCUGGUGGAUUGUCAUACGUCAUUUCUAGUCUUGGAGAAAGCCUUGAAUCAUGCAAUUCAACUGGGCAGAUUGCCGACACGCUCGGUGCCCUUGCUUCGGCACUUAUGAUAUAUGAUACCAAAGCAGAUUCGGUUCGAGCCUCAGAUCCUGUUGUCAUCGAACAGAUACUGGUUAAGCAGCUAAAGACCAAAUCGCCUUUUCUUGCACAGGAACGUACAAUAGAGGCUCUAGCUAGCUUGUAUGGAAACCCGGUCCUCUCAAGGACGCUUGACAACUCCAAUGCAAAGCAUCUACUUGUGGGUUUAGCCACUAUGGCAGAUAGUGAAGUCCAGGACUAUUUGAUAAGAUCACUUCUCGUGCUUUGCAGUGAUGAAGGCAGCUUAUGGCGUGCGUUUCAGGGUCGUGAAGGGGUCCAACUAUUAAUAUCUCUUCUUGGCCUUUCCUCAGAGCAGCAACAGGAAUGCGCUGUCUCUCUUCUCAGUCUCCUGUCCAGUGAAAAUGAUGAAAGUAAGUGGGCUAUAACCGCAGCUGGAGGGAUUCCGCCACUUGUUCAAAUACUAGAGACGGGAUCUGUGAAAGCAAAGGAAGAUUCUGCAACCAUUCUUGGCAACCUAUGCAAUCACAGUGAAGAUAUACGUGCAUGUGUCCAAAGUGCCGAUGCUGUUCCUGCCUUACUAUGGCUACUGAAGAAUGGAAGCGACGAUGGCAAAGAAAUCGCCGCAAAGACAUUGAACCAUCUCAUUCAUAAAUCCGAUACAGGUACUAUCAGUCAGCUCUCGGCCCUUUUGACUAGUGAUCAACCUGAAUCCAAAGUAUAUGUCCUGGAUGCUCUGAGAAGUUUGCUCUCAGUUGCGCCACUUAAUGACAUACUACUUGAAGGUAGUGCUGCGAAUGAUGCCAUAGAAACGAUGAUAAAAAUUCUCGGCUCCACAAAGGAAGAGACUCAAGCAAAAUCAGCCGCAGCUCUUGCAGGACUCUUUCACUGCAGGAAGGACCUGAGAGAGAGUCAUAUCGCUGUUAAGACACUUUGGUCAGUGAUGAGGUUGCUCAAUGUGGAAUCCGAUAAGAUCUUGGUUGAGGCUGCUGGCUGCCUCGCUGCCAUUUUCCUUUCAAUUAAGCAAAACAGUGAGGUUGCUGCUGUUGGUAGACACGCAUUAGCACCUGUGAUGGUCCUCGCAAACUCCUCUGUUUUGGAAGUGGCAGAGCAAGGAACGCGAGCUCUGGCUAACCUUCUCCUGGACAACGAGAUUUCUCUGCAAGCUGUUCCUCAAGAGAUCAUCCCACCGGCUGCAAGGGUGCUGCGAGAUGGCACAAUUGAUGGCAGGACCCAUGCUGCAGCAGCCAUUGCCCAUCUUCUCCAGCCUAGAUCCCUCGAUCUUCCUCUCUCGGAUGAUAUAAACCGCUCAGGGACUGUCCUCGCCCUCAUCUCUCUUCUCGAAUCCACCACUGCUGACAGUGCGGCGACAUCAGAGGUUCUCAAUGCACUCGCCCUCUUAUCAAGGACAAAGGGAACAGUCGGUAAUAUAAAGCCUCCAUGGGCAGUCCUCGCUGAGCACCCUCAGACCAUAACGCCGUUAGUCUCUUGCAUUGCCGAGGUACCACCGCUGCUGCAAGACAAGGCUGUUGAAGUCCUAUCGAGACUCUGCUGCGAUCAACCCGUUGUUCUGGGUGACUCCAUAGCUUCCUCCACUGGCUGCAUAGCAUCUAUUGCCCAAAGAGUCAUCAACUCUAACCAAAGGAAAAUCAAGAUCGGGGGUGCCGCCCUUCUCAUUUGUGCUGCAAAUGAGCACACCCUGAGGACCAUCGAAGCUCUCAACGAAGCAAGCCUGUCCACGCAUCUCGUCCAUUCCCUUGUUGCGAUGUUGAAUGUGACGGCAACAUACCCAGGCAAGAGGGACGGCGAAGGCAUUGAAGAUAUCUGCAUCCGGAGGCACCACCGGACGGCGGCUAGAGACGGUGAAAGGGAGAGUAGCACGGCUGUGAUCUUUGGCGACACCAUUGCCACAUGGCUCCUCUCAGUUCUCGCUUGCCACGAUGACAGAAGCAGGAGCGCAACCGUGGAGGCUGGAGCCAUUGAGGUCCUCACAGACAAAAUCUCUCAGCAUCUGCUCCUGUCUGCACAGGUACUGAAAAUAACACAUUUCCUGACCACUGCGUUUUAUGUAUAUUUAAAAUGAGCUGCUUCGAUACCUUCAAAUAUAGCAUCUUUCCUCCGGCGGUUCCUUCAUUUCUUCCUGAGGGUGGUGGAUUGGGAUUUUGAUUGCUUUGAUUUUGGAAACUGGCAGAGUGAAGCUAAGGAAGACAGCCGUUCUUGGACCUGUGCUCUGCUCCUGGCGGUGCUGUUCCUGGACAGAGAAAUCAUCAGCGAGCACGCCACAAUGCACUCUAUUCCAGUGCUCGCAAGUUUUCUGAGGUCGGAGGAACCCGCUAGCAGAUAUUUCUCGGCGCAGGCGCUCAACAGCCUCGUUUGCAACGGCGACAGAGGUACCCUGCUGGCGGUGGCCAACUCGGGGGCCGCCGUCGGUCUCAUCUCUCUCCUGGGCUGCGCUGAAACCGACAUAUCCGACCUUCUGGAGCUGGCGCGGGAGUUCUCUCUGGUGCCCACCCCGGAGUUGACCUCUCUCCAGCGGCUGUUCACCGUUGACGAUAUCCGGGUCGGCGCCACCUCCCGCAAGGCGAUUCCUGCGCUCGUUGACCUGCUCAAGCCGAUCCCGGACAGGCCCGGCGCGCCGUUCCUGGCCCUGGGCCUGUUGACUCAGCUGGCUAUUGACUGCCCCACCAACAUGGGACUGAUGGUCGAGGCCGGGGCCCUCGAGGCGUUGACCAAGUACCUGUCCCUAGGCCCACAGGACGCCACCGAGGAAGCCACGACCGAUCUCCUGGGGAUCCUCUUCAGCAGCGCCGAGAUAACCCGGCACGAGUCCGCCUCCGGCGCCGUCAGCCAGCUCGUUGCCGUCCUCCGCCUCGGCGGGAGGAACUCCCGCUACAGCGCCGCCAGAGCCCUGGAGAGCCUCUUCUUUGCGGAGCAAAUAAGGAAUGGGGAGGCCGCACGGCAAGCCAUCCAGCCCCUAGUGGAGAUCCUCAGCAGCGGCCCGGAGAGGGAGCAGCACGCCGCCGUCGCCGCCCUCGUCGCCCUCCUCUCCGGCAGCCCCUCCAGAGCCCUCGCGGUGGCGGAGGUGGAGAUGAGCGCCGUCGACGUCCUCUGCCGGAUCCUCUCCUCCAACUGCUCGCCGGAGCUCAAGGGCGCCGCCGCCGAGCUCUGCUACGUCCUCUUCGGCAACACCAGGAUCCGCUCGUCGGCUGCGGCGGCACGCUGCGUGGAGCCGCUCGUCGCCCUUCUGGUAGCCGAGGCAGGACCCGCCCAGCUCUCCGUCGUCCGUGCACUGGACAGGCUGCUGGAGGACGACCAGCUCGCGGAGCUCGUCGCGCAGUACGGCACCAUCGUCCCCCUCGUGGGGCUCCUCUUCGGCCGCAACUACGCCCUCCAUGAGGCCGUCUGCAGAGCGCUGGUGAAGAUCGGCAAGGACAGGCCCGCCUGUAAGAUCGACAUGGUGAAGGCGGGGGUGAUCGAGAGUGUGCUCGGCGUCCUCCCCGAGGCCCCCGACUUCCUCUGCGUGGCCAUGGCGGAGCUGCUCCGCAUACUCACCAACAACGCCAGCAUCGCCAAGGGAUCGGCCGCCGGCAAGGUGGUGGAUCCGCUCUUCUCCCUCCUGACCCGCCCGGAGAUUGGGACGGAGGGCCAGCACAACGCGUUGCAGGUCCUCGUCAACAUCCUGGAGCACCCGCAGUGCAGGGCCGAGUACAACCUGAGCUCCCAGCAGGCCGUGGAGCCCGUCAUCGCCCUGCUGGAUUCCCCCACGCUGGCGGUGCAGCAGCUGGCGGCCGAGCUCCUGUCCCACCUGCUGCUGGAGGAGCACCUGCAGAAGGACUCCAUCACCCAGCAGGCCAUCGGCCCCCUGGUGCAGGCCCUCGGCUCCGGCGUGCCCAUCGUACAGCAGAGGGCCAUCAAGGCGCUGGUCAACGUCGCCCUCUCCUGGCCCAGCGCCAUCGCUAAGGAAGGCGGGGUCUACGAGCUCUCCAAGGUGAUCAUGCAGGUCGACCCGCCGCUACCUCAGGCGCUGUGGGAGUCAGCCUCCUCGGUACUCUCCAGCAUCCUGCAGUUCAGCUCCGAGUUCUACCUGGAGGUCCCCGUGGCGGUUCUGGUCAAGCUGCUGCGCUCCGGCACGGAGGGCACCGUCGUCGGCGCGCUGAACGCGCUCCUCGUGCUGGAGAGCGACGACUCCACCAGCGCCGAGGCCAUGGCUGAGAGCGGCGCCAUCGAAGCUCUCUUGGACCUGCUAAGGAGCCACCAGUGCGAGGAGACCGCCGCUCGCCUGCUGGAGGCGCUGCUGAACAACAUGAAGAUCCGGGAGACCAAGGCGGCGAGGGCGGCGAUCUCGCCGCUCUCGCUCUACCUUUUGGACCCCCAGACACAAUCCCAGCAGGGGAGGCUGCUCUCUGCCCUCGCCCUAGGGGACCUCUUCCAGAACGAGGCCCUCGCCCGCACGCCCGACGCCGUCUCCGCCUGCCGCGCGCUGGUCAACCUGCUUGAGGACCAGCCCACGGAGGAGAUGAAGGUGGUGGCCAUCUGCGCCCUGCAGAACCUCGUCAUGUGCAACCGGUCCAACAAGAGGGCCGUCGCCGAGGCCGGCGGCGUCCAGGUCGUCCUCGACCUCAUAAGCUCCAGCGACCCCGACACCUCCGUCCAGGCCGCCAUGUUCAUCAAGCUCCUCUUCUCCGGCCUCUCCAUCCAAGAAUACGCCUCCAGCGAGACCGUCCGAGCCAUCACCGGUAUGAUAUAUUAUCCAUUGAUCCUCUUCCCCCCGGUUUUUUUUUUUCUUCCACCGUCGUCGACUUUUUUCCGCUUCUUGGUACAUUCGCCCCCACAGUCAUCGAUCCUCUUCCUCCUGUUUUUUUGGUCACCGCCGUUGACCUUUUUCAACUUCUUGAUACAUUCGCCCCACACCCAUCGAUCCUAUUUCUCCCGGUUUUCUUUUUUUCACCGCCAUCGACUUUUUUCCACUUCUUGAUACAUUCGCCCCUAACACCCAUCGAUUCUCCUCCCGUUUUUUUCCCACCAUCGUUGACUUUUUCCAACUUCUUGGUACAUUCUCUCCCACAUCCAUCGAUCCUCUCCCUCCCGUUUUUUUUUUCCACCGCCGCUGACUUUUUUUGACUCCUUGCAGCGGCCGUGGAGAAGGAUCUGUGGGCCAGCGGGAGCGUCAAUGAGGAGUACCUGAGGGCUCUCAACGCGCUGCUGGGGAACUUCCCGCGACUGAGGGCGUCGGAGCCGGCCACGCUGAGCAUUCCCCAUUUGGUGACCUCCCUCAAGACGGGGUCGGAGGCGACCCAGGAGGCGGCGCUGGAGGCCCUGAACCUCCUCCGGCAGGCCUGGUCGGCCUGCCCCCCAGAGGUCUCCAAGACGCAGGCCGUCGCCGCCUCCGAAGCCAUCCCCCUCCUCCAGUACCUGAUCCAGUCCGGCCCCCCGCGCUUCCAGGAGAAGGCGGAGCUCCUCCUGCAGUGCCUCCCGGGGGUGCUCACAGUCAACAUCAAGCGUGCGAACAACCUCAAGCAGUCCGUGGGGAACCCUAGCGUCUUCUGCAAGCUCACCCUCGGCAGCAACCCCCCUCGUCAAACCCAGGUACCCACCCAGCUCCUCUUUCUUUUUUCAUGGCGAUUACUCUCUCUCUCUCUCUCUCUCUCUGCAACUUUUUCCCUCCUUGCUCAUCGAUGAUGACGACGGGCUGUGGUGGUUGUGCCAUCUGAAACCCUAGAUCGUCUCCACCGGGCCCACCCCAGAGUGGAACGAGCCGUUUGCGUGGGCCUUCGACAGCCCACCAAAGGGCCAGAAGCUCCACAUCUCCUGCAAGAACAAGAGCAAGCUCGGCAAGGUAAACCCUUCAUCAUCCAUCCAUCCAUCCAUCGGAAUUUUUUCUUGAUUAUCUCUCGUCUUGUCCCUGAGAAUCUGAUGGGACUUAUCAUCUCGCGCAGAGCUCCUUCGGCAAGGUGACGAUCCAGAUCGACCGGGUCGUCAUGCUCGGUUCGGUCGCCGGCGAGUACACCCUCCUCCCCGCCAGCAAGAGCGGCCCCCGUAAUCUGGAGAUCGAGUUCGUGUGGUCGAACAAAUAA